GCCCCGGCAGCCGCAGCAGGGGCGGCGGCGGCGGAUCGAGGAGCUCUCCAGGUCGUCCCGGGAGAAGCUGCUGCAGUCCCGGGACAGGAUGUUCUCCAAGUUCACCUCCAUCCUGCAGCACGCCGUGGAGGCGCUCGCACCUUCUCUUCCUUUACAAGAAGAUUUUGUUUAUCACUGGAAGGCAAUUACCCAUUAUUACAUAGAGACUUCAGAUGAUAAGGCCCCAGUGACAGAUACAAACAUUCCAUCUCAUCUGGAUCAGAUGUUAGAUAUAUUGGUACAAGAAGAAAAUGAACGAGAAUCUGGAGAGACGGGGCCAUGUAUGGAAUAUUUGCUUCAUCACAAGAUCUUGGAAACGUUAUAUACCUUAGGGAAAGCUGACUGUCCUCCUGGAAUGAAACAGCAGGUGUUGGUAUUCUAUACCAAACUUCUGGGAAGAAUCCGGCAGCCGCUACUUCCACAUAUUAAUGUGCACAGGCCAGUGCAGAAGUUAAUUCGACUGUGUGGUGAAGUCCUUGCAACACCAACAGAAAAUGAGGAAAUUCAGUUUCUCUGUAUCGUGUGUGCAAAGCUGAAGCAAGAUCCCUACUUGGUUAAUUUUUUUCUGGAGAAUAAGUUGAAAUCAUUGGCUUCCAAAGGAGCACCAAAUGUAAUUUCAGAAGACACGUUGAAAGGUCAAGAUUCCUUGUCCACAGAUACAGGACAGUCCUGUCAGCCAGAGGAACUGUCAGGUGCUGCUGGGAUGGAGCAGACAGAGUUAGCAGAUGAUGAUCUGUCCUCCAGCUUGGAUAAUCUCACUGUCACUUCACUGCCAGAGGCCGCAGUCGUUCGUCCAAACCAGGAUUACAACCUAGUGAAUUCUUUGUUAAAUCUUACUAGAAGUCCUGAUGGCCGGAUAGCUGUGAAAGCCUGCGAGGGCUUGAUGUUAUUAGUAAGCUUGCCGGAGCCUGCGGCUGCCAAGUGCCUCACACAGAGCACUUGCUUGUGCGAACUGCUGACGGACAGACUUGCCUCCCUGUACAAGGCCCUACCUCAGUCCGUGGAUCCCUUAGACAUUGAGACCGUGGAAGCUGUUAACUGGGGCUUGGACUCAUAUAGUCAUAAAGAAGAUGCUUCAGCAUUUCCAGGAAAACGAGCCUUAAUUUCAUUUCUUUCCUGGUUUGAUUAUUGUGAUCAGCUCAUAAAGGAAGCACAAAAGACUGCUGCUGUUGCUCUUGCCAAAGCUGUUCACGAAAGAUUUUUUAUUGGUGUUAUGGAACCUCAGUUAAUGCAAACUUCUGAGUUAGGGAUCCUGACGUCGACUGCUCUGCUUCAUCGCGUGGUUCGGCAAGUCACCUCUGAUGUUUUGCUUCAAGAAAUGGUGUUUUUCAUCCUUGGAGAACAGAGGGAACCAGAAACUCUGGCAGAAAUUAGCAGACACCCUUUAAGGCACAGGUUAAUUGAACAUUGUGAUCACAUAUCUGAUGAGAUAAGCAUAAUGACAUUAAGGAUGUUUGAACAUCUUUUACAAAAACCCAACGAGCACAUUCUUUACAACUUGGUCCUAAGAAAUCUUGAAGAAAGAAAUUAUACAGAAUAUAAACCUGUGUGCCCAGAAGAUAAAGAUGUGGUGGAGAAUGGACUCAUAGCAGGAGCAGUAGAUCUGGAAGAAGAUCCAUUAUUUACUGACAUUUCACCAGAUAACACUUUGUCAAACCAAGAGUGGCUUGGUUCCUCGCCUCCUGCUACUCCAGACCACCCCAAAAAUGAUGGGAAAACGGAAGUCCAUAAAAUUGUAAAUACUUUCCUCUGUCUGGUACCGGAUGAGGCAAAAUCAUCCUACCAUGUUGAGGGCACUGGAUAUGACACCUACCUCCGAGAUGCUCAUAGGCAGUUCCGGGACUACUGUGCUAUCUGCUUAAGAUGGGAGUGGCCUGGGUCUCCAAAAGCAUUGGAAAAGUGCAAUUUAGAAGCAGCUUUCUUUGAAGGUCAUUUUUUGAAAGUUUUGUUUGACAGAAUGGGAAGAAUUCUUGAUCAGCCGUAUGAUGUAAAUUUACAGGUAACCUCAGUGUUAUCUAGACUUUCUCUCUUCCCUCAUCCGCACGUACAUGAGUACCUUUUGGAUCCUUACGUGAACCUUGCUUCUGGCUGUAGAUCUCUCUUCUCUGUCAUCGUCAGGGUUGUUGGAGACCUUAUGGUUCGAAUCCAGCGUAUUCAGGACUUUACUCCCAAGCUUCUUUUAGUCAGGAAGCGAUUACUCGGUUUGGAACCUGAAGGCCCUAUUAUUGACCACAUCACAUUGCUAGAGGGUGUGAUCGUUCUAGAAGAGUUCUGUAAGGAGCUGGCGGCAAUUGCAUUUGUGAAAUACCACGCUUCCUCCACACCGUAAAUAGCAUCUUUCAAGUAACUAAGGAAACAGAACUAUUGUGUACAUUUCAUCAAAAAAGGCUCAGUUUACCUAGCCAAGAGACGAUAAAAAGCCUUUUCAAAUGAAGCAUUGCUGUAAACUGGACAGAACCAUCGAGAACCCAUUGAGUGGACACUUAGUAAAAUGUUGUAUAAUGUUGUUUUCAUUGGCUUUAUUAUAAUGGUUCUAAAUAUAAAAUUGCACGUCCUUGGAUCCAGGAUACAAUCAAAGGAACUUCAGGAAAUAAGCAUUUCUAAUGCGUGUGUGAAAAGCUGCAAAAUUUCUGAUGUCAUGACUUUGAUAUUUCUGUUAUUUUAAUACCCUUCUAGGUAGCAAGGCAUUUUGACAUUCUCUGGGACUCAAAUGCUUAUAUUCUUUUGGAUUAAUAAGUAGCAAAAAAACCUAAUUUUAUAACUUUUUAAGAGUAGAAUUCUUAUUGAACAAAAUAUGAAAAAAGCUGUAAAUGAGAAAAAACUAUAAUUCAGGAACCAUCAAAUGAGUUGAGUUAAUAAUAGGAGAUAAAAAUGUGUAGAGCACCAUUAACUUUCUUCAGCUUUUCUAAGAACAACAAUUUAAUAUGAUAAAGAAAUUCUUGAUUAAUAUAAUAUAUAUAUAUUUUUAGAGAAAAGUUCUUUUACUCUUUUGUGCACAUAGCCAUGUUAGUGAUUGAUUUUCAUGUAUGAGUCCCAGUUUAUUUAAACUGUGUCAUUUUUGCAAUAUUGAAUUUGUGCUCAUCAUUGGUAGUGCUUGCUAAAAUAGUAUUUUUUAAGCUAAUUAACAUGUAUUGCGUUGAGAACCUUUUUUUUCUCUCUCUCUCUCUCCCUCUCUGAAAAUUGCUUUAUAAUUUGAUUUUCUUACUGAAAUGUGUGGUAGUGUCUAGGUGGCAAAUUGACUGAUAACUCUUAGGCAGCAAUCAAAAUGCCAAUGGCCCCCUUAAUGUUUACAUUUUGUUUUUCAUUUUGUUCAGUCUUUUGUUUUCAGUGAUUCUAAAGAGAUUUAAAAAACAAACAAA